CCACGUAACACGAAGUUCCGCUUUCCUCAGUCAACAGUCCCGAACGAGAGCGGCGCGCUCCACCUCUCCGGUUACCUACUGUACUGCGGUCAGCUGGGCGGUACUUAAACUACACGGGCUACACUCAACAGGGAACAAAGUUCGAAAUGAACAAAAAUAACAAGUAGAGAUCCAGUGAUCAGUAAUGGAUCCAGUUAAAGGAGAUGAAGGCAUGAGCGAGCACGCCGCGAACCUUCUGGGCUCUGGACAGCAGUCCAACCGGACACAUCAAAGCUCCAAAAGAAUGUCAAGAUACGUGAAAGUCCUGGUUGGGAUCCUUGUGCUCUGCCUGCUGGCUUUAAUUCUCACAAUCAUAUUUAUACUGAAACUCCACUGCGUUGAGAAAGUUAGCAGCUGUAAGGAUCGCUGUGUGUCCAAAAGUCGUGAUGCUAAAGCGACGUGCUACUGUGACGCCGCAUGUGUGAGUGAAGGCACCUGCUGUGUGGAUUAUGAGGAAGUUUGUGUGAAGCCAACUCAACUCUGGACUUGUUCUAAAUUUCGUUGUGGUGAGGAGCGUCUGCCGAACAGCCUCUGCUCUUGCUCUUCUGACUGUUCGAACACGGGCGACUGCUGUUUCAACUAUAAGAGCAUGUGUGAAGGUGGAGAGACGUGGUUCAAAGAAGACUGUGAGGACAUCCAAGCUCCUCAAUGUCCCGCAGGAUUUUCCAAACCACCGCUUAUCCUGGUGUCUUUGGAUGGAUUCAGGGCUGGAUACAUGGAUGCUUAUAGCGGCUUACUACCUGUCAUCAACAAACUCAAGAAAUGUGGGACGUCUCCACCCUAUAUGCGACCUGUUUAUCCAACCAAGACCUUCCCAAACCAUUACAGCAUUGUGACAGGUCUUUAUCCAGAAUCUCAUGGAAUCGUGGACAAUAAAAUGUAUGAUGUGACUCGCAAUGCCUCCUUCAGUUUGAGAGCGGCUGAGAAAUCCAAUCCCUCAUGGUAUCAAGGUGAACCAAUUUGGCUCACAGCUAUGAAACACAAACUUAAAACCGCAACCUUCUUCUGGCCUGGAUCUGAUGUGCAAGUCAAUGGAAAAUACCCAGAUUUCUGGAUGAACUAUAACAGGAGCAUUUCCUUCGAAAGCAGGGUCGCAAAGAUAUUUCAUUGGUUGCAUUUGCCUGAAGGACAGAGGCCUGACUUUUACACAGUAUACAUGGAAGAACCUGAUUCUUCUGGACAUAAGUACGGACCAAUGAGUAGCCAGGUUAUCGAAGCUUUAUUGAAUGUUGAUAAAAUGAUGGGUCUGUUGAUGGAGGGUCUCAAACAGAGGCAGCUGCACAAAUGUGUUAAUGUGAUUCUACUGUCUGAUCACGGCAUGGAGGAAGCGUCGUGUGAUAAAGCCCAGUACGUCUCCAAAUAUCUCACAAACAUUGAUGACAUCACCGUCAUCCAGGGCCCUGCGGGGCGGGUCCGUCCGAGACAUCUGCCUGAUGAAUUCUUCUCCUUCGAUUAUGAAGGUCUGGUGAAAAACCUCUCGUGUCGGAUAUCGAAUCAGCCAAUGAGACCGUAUCUUAAGGAGCACCUGCCCAAGCGCUUUCAUUUUGCCAACAACGUUCGUAUAGAGCGAGCUCAUCUGUACAUGCUGCCGCAGUGGCAGGUGGCGCUGACACGCAGUGAAAUUAAAUACUGCACUGGGGGCUUCCAUGGAUCUGAUAAUGUUUUCAAGAACAUGCAGACUAUUUUUAUUGGAUAUGGACCAGCAAUUAACUAUAAGACAACUGUGGCUCCCUUUGAGAACAUUGAAGUUUAUAAUCUCCUAUGUGAUCUAUUAGGUAUUCCUCCUGCACCCAAUAAUGGCACGCAUGGCAGUUUAAACCAUCUGCUGAAGAACCCCCCGCACAGGCCGGUAUACCCCGCAGAACGUUCAGCCCCAACGACGUGUACCCCUGUGACCGGGUCCAUCCUCGACCCCCGCGGCUGCACAUGUGACUCUCUCACCGAGGCAGAGGUGAACCGUCUCGACCAGCGUCUCAUCGACACACAUUCCAGUUCUAAUGUGAAAGGCGUUCAUUUGCCGUUUGGUGUCCCGCGGGUUCUUCAGGAGCAUUCAGAUUACUGUAUCCUCCAGCACACCUCAUACUUCAUAGCAUACAGCAAAAACUCUCUCAUGCCUCUCUGGGUCUCAUACUCGCUGAAUGCAACGGUCAGCGUGCAGUCAUCGGUGAACACAUGUGUGCGUGCUGAUGUACGUGUGCAGGCCAGCUCCAGACCGUCCUGUUCCUUCUAUAAGAACAAUUCAAAGCUGACCUUUGGCCUUCUGCAUCCACCAAACUUGAGCCCCACGGGAACUGAGUCAGACUCUUUAAUUACAAGCAACAUGGUGCCCAUGUUUCCUGCUUUCAGAGAUAUUUGGGAUCACUUUCACAAUAUUCUGCUGGUGAAUUUUUCACGAGAGCUGAACGGCGUCAAUGUCGUGAGUGGACCCAUAUUCGAUGUUGACUUCGAUGGGAUCUAUGACUUCAUGAACAAGGGAACAUCGAAUGGGCCUCCCAUCCCUACACAUUUUUUUGUGAUUCUUACUAGUUGUAAGAACUCCAGUCUGCCUGUCCUCAGAUGUGACGGUCUACUGGAUGCUUCAGCUUUCAUUCUACCACAUCGACCUGAUCACUUAGAAACAUGUCACAACGGCACUGAUUUUUCAUGGGUCCGAGAUUGGGUUCGGUUUCACACGGCAAGAAUCAGAGACGUGGAGCUUUUGACGGGCUUGAGCUUUUAUCACGACCGGAUUUCUGUUGUUGAAACUUUAGAGCUAAAGACUCUGCUCAAAACAUUUUAGAGGCGUGUGAACCUUGAGCUCAUUUGAAUGUCUCUGCCGGCCAUGAACAGAACGGAUCAUUACAGCGAAUUUCACCAGAAUCUCUUUCAUCUCCCAAAUUGGAAAAAUUUGGAAUCUAUUUAUAAGUGGGGAAGUACCGGUCGGUAUAGAAACGUUUGCCCAUUGGUUAUCAACACACAAAUGUUAGUGAUUUGUGGUUGAUUCUGCUUUCAGCCGAUUCCAAAACUCCAGGCCAAGAAAUAAAUUGCAUCAGAUUUUUCCUGCAAACAAUAGGAAAGCCACAUUCACCGCAGGAAUCACUCUUCGGCUGUCAAUGCACAAUGCUUUUUGUUUGUUUUUGGUCCUCCAAAGAAUCGAAAAGAUACUCUUGACAGCAUGUGAAACGUCCAAACCAUUUCCUAAAUUAUAUAAGUAAGGAUAGUGGUAUUUUUGUUGCAUUACAGAAAUAAAAACUCUGUCAUCAUUUGUUCACCGUUAUGAUAUUCAAAACCUGUAUCUGACUCUGCAGUGAAAUACAAAAGAAGAUAUUUUGAGAAAUGUGUUCAUAAAAUGGAAGUCAAUAGGGUUCGCUGUUAUUUGGUUAUCAACGAUCUUCAAAAUAUCUUUUUUUGUGUUCUGAAGAAGAAUGAAAGUCAUACACGUUUGAAAUGACACGAGGAUAAGUAAAUGGUGAAAAUUUCUCAUUCUCAUUUUUGGGGUGAACUAAGCCUUAAAUGUCAGAAUAUCACUUUCUCAGGUCAGUUUUGAUAUUAAGCUUUAUUCCUUAUUACAGUUUAAAGUUUGUCGUUUGUAUAAGGGCUUUUCAUUGAUUGUCUUUUGGUUUAUAUUUUGGAGCAGUACUCUUGUGGACCAUACAAUGAUAAAAAUGAUGACAUAUUUCACAGUUGUGUUGUUUUGUGUUGCUUGUUACCUUGAAGUAUCACUGUUAGCAGGAUAACUAUAAUUCUGCUUAAAUAUUAUUAUUUAAGCUACAUGUUGUGUUUGGGUCAAUGCUUUGUUGUCCAUUUAUUGGUAUUGUGUGUUUCAAAAAAUGUAAUAAACAAUGUUUCUUACA